UAAGCAGAUAUGAAAUAAGCAGUACGAAACGUAGUCCCGAAUUGCCAUGAGUGUGUUGUACAAGACAUCAUUCUGUGUAAUACACAACAAUAAAAUAAUACAUUAACUGAACUAAAUUAAAUCUAACUAAUCUAACUUACUAGACACUCUACUGUAAAACACUGAUACAACACUGAACACUAAACACUGAAAAAAUAAGAAGAAACUAACUUUUAAAAUAUGUACAAAUGUGAUGGUUCGCACAGGGAAUUCUUGUAAUGCCCAUUCUCUCAUAAAUUAUAGCCUGUUGUGAGUCAGAGUACUGCGAGACUGUCAACAGUUCUAGGAAUAGGGAAAAGCUGUUAAUGCACUUGAAAUAUGAAUUUCUGAGUAACCGCAAAAGAUGCUGUAAGUAGCCUAUCUUUUCAUUUUACAAUGUAUCAACUUUGCAAUUUUAAGGUAGGUAAAGUAGCCUACAGGUAAGCUAACAAAUCGAUGUUCUCCUUCAAAAUGAUUAAAAAUAUAAUAAGGAACUAAGACAUUAUGAUGCUGAUUGUGCAAGAUGAAUGUGUAAUUGGUUAGAUAAUGAAAUCUGUUUUUAAAAGUAGACUCUCAACAACAGAUAUAAGUGUCUCCUGAAAUCUGUGGAUAGACAGCAAAACAAGAGACCUGAGAGUACUUCUGAAGCUAUGUGUGUGCGUGCAUGCGUGUGCGCGCACGCAUAACAUCACUGUUCGCGCCCGGUGCCUCACUCGCAGGUUGGAUUCGGUGCGUCGCGGAAACCGAAGUGCCCUAGAGAUGCCGCGUGUGUGGAGUGGAGAUCGGCGGGGCGCAGUCGCCGCACAGGUACAAGCGCACCGCUUGCGCGCAAGUUUUAUCCAACCCGAGGAUGCCAAGAGAGACGGCGUUAUCUCCAGCUGCUUCCCACGCUGCGUGGUGGACACUUGAAGAAGGGUGAAGCGUUAAGUUUGAGGCUAAAGCUGGAAGUAUUUGACGCUGCCCCACUGAACAUGACUUUCAUCUGCGCUCCAGGAUUUAAAAGUUCGCAAAAAUGAAGUUUGGCAAAAGCGUCUGUAUCAUAAACGUGGGUGGCACCAAGUAUGCUUUUCCAAAGGACGUAAUCAAGGAUUUCCCUUUGAGGAGAGUGAGUCGUCUCCACAGUUGCGCCUCGGAGAGAGAAGUGCUGGAAGUGUGCGACGAUUACGAUAGAGAGAGGAACGAGUUCUUCUUUGACAGACAUUCAGAAGCCUUCGGCUUCAUUAUGCUGUACGUGAAGUACGGCAAACUGCGCUUCGUCCCGCAUAUGUGCGAACUGUCGUUUUACAACGAGAUGAUUUACUGGGGUUUGGAAAGCUCUCAUAUGGAGUUCUGCUGCCAGCGGAGACUCGACGACCGCAUGUCUGACACGUACACACACUUUACCGAGGAGCACCACAAAACGGCUGACGAAUUUAGGACGGAGGAGUCGACAACUGGGAAACGAGACUCAAAGUGGCUGGAGCGAAUGCGUAGGACGUUCGAGGAGCCCACCUCCUCCCUGGCCGCGCAAAUUUUGGCGUCCGUGUCGGUGAUUUUUGUCAUUGUGUCCAUGGUAAUACUUUGCGCAAGCACUCUUCCUGACUGGAAAACUGCCGAGAGCAACAUAGUGGAAGAGCACAGGUACACAGACUCAUUAGAGCAUCCAUCCGGGAUCAUUGAGGCGGUGUGCAUCGGAUGGUUCACGGCAGAGUGCAUCGUGCGCUUCAUUGUGUCCCGAGACAAGUGUGAGUUUGUGCGACGUCCGCUGAACAUCAUAGACCUGCUGGCCAUUACCCCCUAUUACAUCUCUGUCACCAUGACGGUUCUCACCGGAGAAAACUCUCAGCUGCAGAGGGCCGGCGUGACGCUGCGUGUUCUGCGCAUGAUGCGAAUCUUUUGGGUCAUCAAGCUGGCGCGUCACUUCCUAGGGCUCCAGACUUUGGGGUUAACGCUGAGGCGCUGCUACCGCGAGAUGGUCAUGCUCCUGGUCUUCAUUUGCGUGGCCAUGGCCAUAUUCGGGGCGCUGGCGCAACUUCUAGAGCAUGGCCUGGAUCUGGAGUCUGGGAACGAGGAAUACGCCAGCAUUCCUGCUGCCUGCUGGUGGGUUAUUAUCUCCAUGACCACUGUCGGCUAUGGAGACAUGUACCCCAUCACUGUGCCGGGACGUGUGCUUGGUGGCCUGUGCGUCGUGAGCGGAAUAGUGCUGCUGGCUCUUCCAAUCACCUUCAUCUACCACAGCUUCGUGCAGUGCUACCACGAACUCAAGUUCCGCUCAGCCCGCUGCACCCGAAGCCUGUCCGCCGAGUUCCUCAAUUGACUCCCUGUGGCGAAUAAUGGGACGGCUUUCUGCUCGAGAAAUCAAUGGCUAGUGCAAAGCUCUCCCAAGGCAUUUUCAUCUGCCACAUUCAUCUCCAGAACAGACUCUCUAAGCGCCGGUAUGUGCUGUAUCUGUUACUCAAGGGGCUGGAGGAGGCUACCAUGGUGACGGUAUCAUUAAAGCCAGGUGUCCUUGACAGGUACACACUGCUGGAGGGAAACUUUCAGAGGCCUUGAAAAGACUCAACAAGCCCUCGCUCUCACAGAGAUCUGCGUCUUACCUUAUUCGUGUGGCGUUCCUCCAAAGGAUUUAGCUUUUGAAUGCCACUUAGGCAGCCCACAGUGUUGGCAAGCAGAUAUGAGAGAAAUAAUUUAAUCAUCUUGUCGCCCAGGAACCUUUCUCUUUGAUGAUGCCUUCAUUUAUAAGCAAUGGAGUUUUAAAGCAGUACCACUUUUCCAGCAUUUAAAAUAUUGAGAGCCUCUCUUUUGCUACUGACAAUAGAUUACCAAAACAUGAAUUUUAAUCAAUCUAUUCCAUUUUCUGAAUCCUCUUUCCAGGCUAAGUUGUUGUGUAGACCCAAUUCAGUGUGACAGCAAACCUCCAGAGGUAGUGGGACAUAAUGAGCGGAAUAGACUGAGAAUUACAAGGAUAAAGUGAGAGCUGUGUGGGCAGCUAUGCUGAGAGGAACAUAACGGGCCAUGGAGAGAGAGAGUGCUGUCAUGGAGAGUUGGGUGUUUUGGAUGACACCACACAGUGCAUGUAGAGUUCGAUUCUUCUACCUCUGAAUGUCCUCUACUGCCCUGCGGGUUUUUACACAGGAGCGAGAUGCCUUGAGGCUCAUGUAUCUUCUGGAGCACAAAAAAGCUCUCUGUAUGUCCAUGGAAGGUUCUGGAGAUCUUUAGUGACACAGCUACCUCAAGGCCAUCUCCUCCCAUGGAGUCACCCAUACCACCCACUUCUCCCCGACGCACGGCUGUCUCUGUUGUUUUGUGGCUCUUAUGUUCCUCAAUGCUCUUAAAGGAACAUUCAGAGAAUGUGCUGUUAUGUGUUUUUGUCUUGACACAUUUCUUCAAGUGCAUCUACACUUUUGCUAACAGAAAAAAAGUGUGUACAAUUAUAACAAAACAGCUGUUUGAUGUUAAACAACAUGUAAAUUAUCGUUGACCUGUUUAAAUUUUAAAUAGAAGUCAACAUUUAAGAAAAAUUCAACAUGAAAAUUGACCCUUGGUGCACAUUUAUUCGUGCACAUUAUUCCAGAUUCCAAAAUGUUUGUCGUAUAACUUAAAGUUUACCCAAAAAUGAAAAUUAACCUAUUAUUUACUCACCCUCCAGGAAUCCAAGGUGUAUAUGACUUACUUCUUUCAGACAAAUUCAAUCAGAGUUAUAUUUAAAAAUAUCCUGGCACUUCCAGAAUGGCAUAGGGGGGUGUUUCUCUUCAUCAGUCCAAAACAAGUCCAAUAAAGUGCCUCCAUUUAUAAUAACAAGUGCCUCACAUGGCUCCGGGGGGCAAAUAAAGGUCUCCUGUAGCGAAUCAAUGCAAUUUUGUAAGAAAAAUAUCCAUAUUUAAAUGUAAUUAUCACUUUAAUCUAGCUUGCACCAACUGGUCGUACACAGAAGACUUUCCAAGUGGAUGACGUAGGACGUCGGCAUUGCACAUAUGCUGGUGAGUCUUUUUGCUUACAGAAGCAAAGGAAGCAAAAUGUCCUUACUUUAGCAAAGGAAAACCAGUCUUAUCUCGGGUUAUAUAGAAAUCCUUGUUUUGUACUUUGUGACCGGUACUGUGUUUACCUCUCUCCACGGCACGUAUUCGUUCACAUUCGUCACUUCUGAGCAGCGCUUGCGCAAUGCAUAUGUCCUCCGUCAUCUGCCUGGAGCGGCUUCCGUGUACGACUAGUUGGUGCAGGCUAGAUUAAAGUGAUUAUUACAUUUUCACACAGCCGUGUGAGGCACUUUUUAUUAUGGAUGGAUGGCCUUUUUUGGACUUGUUUCGGACUGAUGAAGAGAAACACUCACCCAUGCCAUUCUAAAGCUUGGAAGUGCCAGGAUAAUUUUUAAUAUAACUCAGAUUGGAUUUGUCUGAAAGAAGGAAGUCAUAUACGCCUAAUGCCUGGAGGGUGAGUGAAGAAUAGGCUAAUUUUCGUUUUUGGGUGCGCUAAACCCUUUAACUUGCACCACCUCUGAAAUAACUUCCCUUACUUGACGUCAUAAAUCCUAAUUAUGUUUUCAACCACUUCCCUUUAACCACCUGGUCGAUUAUGGUACAUUAUAUCCACUUUUCACCAUUCAGUUUCUGAUAAAUACAAAAAAGAAAGUCUUAUCCUACAUUUUUCUUCUCUGAAUAUGCUGUUCUGUUACACAUGUAAAUAUUCAGAUCCAACCUGAUCUCAAUAGCAGUUUGUACAUAUUUUAGGAAGGGGCCAAUUCAACCUCACUCAUAUGAAUUCAAACGAUUUUUCCAAAAUCGUAUGUAUUUCAUACAUAGCCAAUUCGUAUGAAAAGACCUUCCCCUAACCCCUGCCCCUAAACAUACCCAUCACUGGGGUCUAGACAAAUUGUACAAAAUCGUACUAGUGAGGUCGUACAAUUUCGUACAAAUUAGCCACCUUGUAAAAUAUGUACGAAUUGGUCAUGAGAUAGCGUUGUCAGAUCACAGAAGUAAAAUGGAUUUCAUGUUGACUUUAAAAGAAAACAUUUGCAUUUUAGAAAUCUGCCUUUUUUUUUUUUUUUUUUUUUUUUUUUUUUUUUUUUGCAAACUGCACCAUUAUUUUUUUAAUAUGGUAAACAUAUUAGCAAUGUCCAUGUAUGCAUCUCAUGAUACAUAAUAAAAUUAUUAUUAUUAUAUGGUACAAUAUUUUUUAACAGUGCAAUAAUGAAAUAUGUUUUUUUUUUUUCCUUCAAAAUGAUGAAGUGGCUCCAUCUGGUCCCUCUUGCCAGCUUGUAGAGUUUUUUUUUUUUUUUCUUCUUCUUCUUUGUAUUAAACUCUUUUAUAUAAUAAAUAUUUAACUGCAGAAGUGUGCUUUAGGAUGACUAUUUAGUUCAAAAUUGUUACAUUUUGUUCAUGUUUAAGGGGGCAACAGGCAAAAACCACCCAUAAUGUUAUAUUCAGUAUAAUUUUUUAAUAAUUUAUUGGUAACACUUUACAGUAAAGGUGUCAUUUGUUAACAUUAGUUAAUGUAUUAACUAACAUGAACAAACAAUGAACAAUACAUUUAUGUAUGUUUGUUAAUAAAAAUACAGUCAUUCAUUGUUAGUUCAUGUUAAUUUACUGCAUUAACGUAAUUUUAAUAAUACAUUAGUAAAUGCUGAAAUUAACAUUGUGAUUAAUAAAUGCUAUAGAAGUAUUGUUCAUUCAUCAUGAUAACUAAUGUAGUUAAGUAAUGUUAAUUAAUGAACCUUAUUGUAAAGUGUUACCAAUUUUAUUUUAUAUUGUCUAUAAAUGUCCUGUCCCAAUGGAUUUUUUUUUUUUUUUUUGGAUCAAACGGAAUAUCAAAAUGUCUGCCAAAUAAUUUUAGUUCUUAAUUUUGCAAACAUGAUCACAGUUUAGAAAUAGACAAAAUACCUGUUUAAAAAAUGAGUGACAAACGUUCACCUUUUCUAAGAAUAAUUCCUCUUGUGCAGUGCCUCUAUCCUCUGUAAUUACCACAUUCUCACUAAUCAUAGUCAUCUUUAUUCAUAUUCCUCACAGCGGUUUAUGGAUGGAAACCAGCAGUCACUGACUGCAGCACAGGCCUUUGUGAAUUAAUGAUCGGAGGUUUGUGUGAUUGGAAAUAGAUGCAUUCUGUUUUGGGUUACAGCAAGAAAAAUGUGUCAGACCAAAAUGUGCUAAGAUUUCCCUCCUCAUUAAUUAAACCUCCUGAAGAGAUCAUGCUGAGGUGUUCUCCAGAUCACUUCAGACACAGACUUCCUUUGGCUCACAUGUACACACAACACCCAGAAAUUAAUGUGAAAGUGAAAAUAAGCAAAAUCCCCCAAAAUAAUUGCAGACCGCAGGUGUCAGCUGCCACUCAUUUGUUCUUAAUACACUUUCAUCCCACUGCUUCUCUCUAUUGCUUGCUUCAUUAAUCAUGGCAAACAUAAGGGAUCUUGUUUACUUUACAUGCAAAUGCAUCAGUGCUCUACUGAAACGCUCAUGACAGCUAACAUGUGGAUAACACCAUGUCUUAUAUUAACAGAUCUCUCAGUUUAUCAGUAGAAUGUGAUCCAUUUCACUCCAGUCCCUGCUUAAAUCUCACAACAGCUGCAAGAGAUUAUCUGGAGGAACGUGUUUUAUUUUAUCUUUUUUAUGCUGCAUACUGAGAAUUCUUAUCUGACACUGUCCACCAUCAUAUGACACUUGCAAAAAAGUGUUGCCAAAAGUAGUCUCAGUAGACAUAAAUGUUUACCGAAAUACUUUUUAAUGUUAUUAUCUCUUGUAUUAUUCUAUUCAACUCUGCUGAAAUUAAGUUUUUGACAUACAGUGUUCUGACACAACCCAUUAUGUGUAUUUUUAUUUUAUUAUUUUAGAGUUGUAACAACAGUUGUGCAAUAUUAUCAUAUGUUGUGUAUCACCGAUAUAAUAGCUUGGGCUUAUCACACCUGGCUUGAGCUUUUUGUAGGGAUUUUUAUACCCCAGUAAUGUUUAGUAUAGAAGAGUGUUUGAAAUCCUGCUGUAAAGUCUAACUACAGUUAGGCUAUUUCCCCCCUUUUUCUGCAUUCACUAGUACUGUAAGCUUUCAAUGUAUUUUUUAAAAUAGAAAGUCUAUUUUGAAUAAACUAGAAUUGCCUCUGUGUUAGCUAAAGCGGGUCUUGACAAAAUUCAUGAAAACUCGAUAUUAAUAAA